AUCCUCUCUUUGUUUCUGUCCUGUCUGCAGGUGCUGUCGUGUGAGGGGCUCACUAUACAGACCAACAGACAUCAUGGUGAACAUCCCAGAAUACUUUGCAGGGAAGACAGUGCUAAUCUCUGGAGCAACAGGCUUCAUGGGCAAGGUUCUGCUGGAGAAGCUGCUGCGGUCCUGCCCUGAAGUCAAAAGUGUGUUUGUGUUGGUCCGGUCCAAAGCUGGUCAGAGUCCCCAGGCCCGCAUCGCUGACAUGAUCAACUGCAAGUUGUUUGAAAGACUGCAGGAUGAGCAGCCAGGCUUCUCAGAGAAGAUCACAGCCGUGAGCAGCGACCUGAUCCGGCCCGGGCUGGACCUGAGCGAAGAGGACCAGAGCGUCCUGGCCGACCGCGUCAACAUCGUGUUCCACUGCGCCGCCACCAUCCGCUUCAAUGAGCCGCUCAAAGAUGCGAUGCAGCUGAAUGUGCUGGCCACUCAGAAGAUGCUGGCCCUGGCCCACAGGAUGAAGCAUCUGGAGGUCUUCCUUCAUGUCUCCACAGCCUACGCCAACUGUGACCGAGAGCUCAUUGAGGAGGUCGUGUACACCCCCCCCGUAGACUACCGCAGACUCAUCGAUUCUCUGGACUGGAUGGAUGAUGAGCUGGUGUCUGCUCUGACUCCCAAACUCAUCGGGGAGCGUCCCAACACCUACACCUUCACCAAAGCCUUGGCUGAAUACAUGGUGCAGCAGGAGGCCGGAGACCUGAACGUGGCCAUCGUCAGACCCUCCAUCGUGGGGGCCAGCUGGAAGGAGCCCUUCCCUGGUUGGAUUGAUAACUUCAACGGACCUAGUGGAAUCUUCAUUGCCGUAAGUAUUGACAGAAACCGUAUCAUUGUUUUUAUCGAUCUAUAGAAAGAUGAAUUGUUUCAGUAAAGCAUGGUAGCCUAGCUCCACUGAAAAGAAAGCAAGAAUGAUAAACAGACACAUCAUUCCUUGCAUCAAUUCACUGAAAGGAACCACAUGGAU